AUGGCGGUUUCGAAGGAGGCCAAUAUUGAGCACGACUCCCUCAAGGCGAAGGUGCAGAAGGCCGAGUCCGCGCUCGAGCGGGCAAGGCCGAUUGCAUACGUUGCAGGUCCCACUGCAGGCGAUCCCGCGGCGGCGCUCCGCGGCCAGUUCGCCUACCUGGGCAUCAACGCUGGUGUCCUCGACGACGUUGACAAGCUCAUCGCGCAGCGCGACGCGGUCCUGCAGCAAAGGGCCCAGCGUGACGCAGCUGAAACAGAGGCAGCUGAGCCCGACGUCGCCAUGGAGCCCAUCCGGUUCGAGGACCUCGACGGCCAGUGGAUCGACGACCUUGUGGCCAAGGCCGCUCAGCCUGAGCAUGUCUGCGACGGGGGCCAGCCUGUGCGUGCCCUCGCGCGUAAGGUUGUGGAGGCAGCACUGCAGGAUGCCCUGUCCAGGGCCAAGAAGCCCAAUGUGCAGGAGGUUUAG